AUGUAUGUGUUGACCACUCCGCGUUUCGUCGUUGGAGGUGGGUUGAUUUACGCAGGGAGCGAUCGCGCCAGUGGGGGAUCGUCUCGUAGGGCUCUCGGUUUGGCGAUGGCUGGUGCGUGGACCAAGAAAGCCCAAGAAGCAUGGCUUCAAAUUUGGAAGGAAUUUGGAAUUAGGAAUUUCUGGGGUGGAGGCGGCCAAGACGACGAGAUGACGUAUCCACGUAUGCGUUUCCGCCGAGACGCACGGCCUUUGUCUUGGUACCUUGGGAGAGGAACGAAUGGAGAAGUGACGCCAAGACAAUGGUCCAAGAAGGCCAAGAUGCCGAGACUAAUCCCAAGCAUCAAGGACCAACGAACCAAGAGCCUGCAGAUCCCGAUGCAGUGGCUUCAGGUCUUUGCUCAGUGGUCGUCGGCCAUUGAACUGCCUAAGGUGCAAUGCCGCAAGGUACCUAACGCCGGGGGCCGGGCUAACGUCAUUCCACCAGGAAGUCUCAAGACGCUAAUUGAGAUGACUUCGUACGGUCUAAUCACAUCGUGUGGCUCUGAUUCCCUUGUUCUCAUUUUCUUAUUCUCCGUCUCGUCGACCCAUCUCUCGGCAUCGACCACGUCGUCCGUCAACUCGCCCGUCAACUCGCCCGUUUUCGCUUUGCAGGCCAUAACCUAUUGUCUCGGCAUGGCGCUCGGCAUCGCUCUCGGCACGGCCUCUCAACCGCCGGCCAAGCAAAUACUGAUUGGAUCAAACCCAAAUCAGCGUCGUCGUCGUCACACGCUCGUUCUCUUGUACGACCGAGCCCCCGGGGCUUUUGUGUUGCCAAGGUUUGACCGCACUACAAGGCCUUAUCGGUCUUCGACACAGGCCCCGGAAAAGAAGAGCAAGAGGAAGAGGAAGCAUGCCAAAGGGCAAAAUGAGAUGAGAUCCCUCGACAAGGUCACUAUAGGGAUAGAAUGGCAUCCAGAGUACCGGGAGUAA